CACACACACACACACUCCCCACCUCUUCUUUGCGUGGAGAAACUCUAGAGGCGCGCCAGCUGCUGGGGGUUCCGUUAGGCUGUGAGUCGUCGUUCUCCGCCGCCGUUACUCCGUUAUUUUCCACCCGGGAUCGAAAGAGGGUAAAGGCGACAGACAUGGACAACGCGGGCAAGGAACGGGAGGCAGUCCAGCUGAUGGCGGAGGCCGAGAAGCGCGUGAAGUCCUCCCACUCGUUCUUGAGAGGGUUGUUUGGAGGAAAUACAAGAAUAGAAGAGGCUUGUGAAAUGUAUACGAGGGCUGCAAAUAUGUUCAAGAUGGCCAAAAAUUGGAGUGCUGCAGGAAAUGCAUUUUGUCAGGCUGCCAAGCUCCAUAUGCAGCUACAGAGCAAACAUGAUUCUGCUACAAGUUUUGUGGAUGCGGGAAAUGCUUACAAAAAGGCUGAUCCACAAGAGGCUAUCAACUGCUUAAAUGCAGCCAUCGAUAUUUACACAGACAUGGGAAGAUUUACAAUCGCAGCCAAGCAUCACAUUACUAUUGCUGAGAUAUAUGAAACUGAGCUGGUAGAUAUUGAAAAGGCUAUUGCACAUUAUGAGCAAUCAGCUGAUUAUUAUAAAGGAGAAGAAUCAAACAGUUCAGCCAAUAAGUGUCUUCUGAAGGUGGCAGCAUAUGCUGCUCAACUAGAACAGUACCAGAAAGCAAUUGAAAUCUAUGAGCAGGUUGGAGCAAACACUAUGGACAAUCCUUUGUUGAAGUACAGUGCAAAAGAUUACUUCUUUAAAGCAGCCCUUUGUCACUUCAUAGUUGAUGAAUUGAAUGCCAAGCUUGCUCUUGAAAAGUAUGAAGAAAUGUUUCCAGCAUUUACUGACUCAAGGGAAUGUAAAUUAUUAAAAAAACUGCUAGAAGCUCAUGAAGAACAGAACAGUGAAGCUUAUACUGAAGCAGUUAAAGAAUUUGAUUCAAUAUCUCGCUUGGAUCAGUGGCUUACUACUAUGUUACUUCGUAUCAAAAAGUCAAUUCAAGGGGAUGGAGAAGUGGAUGGAGAUCUGAAGUGAAUUGCCUAUAAUCUUUGUGGCAUGCAGCCUAACUCCUAUUUAUUUAUAUAUAUAUAUAUAUGUUAAUGGCCAGUGACCAUUACGGGAUACCCCAUUUCCCAUUAAUAGCUUCAUUUUUGUUGCAUAUAAACCAGAUGACUGCAUAUUGUUUAAGAUCCCUCUGUCUAUGUUAUAAUGAAAUGGGUGAACAAGGGUCCUCCAGUGUUGUUUAUAUGUGAUUUGGAAAUAGUAUAUAUUCGUCAGAUUUCUAAGAUCUCUGGAAAAAAUACUACAUGAAAUAAUAUAUUUUUCAUUCCUUUUUAGUGUUUAAAGAACCCAGGUUUUAUUUUUGCUUGAUGUCUCUGUCUGGUGCCUUAGGCUUUAGCACCAAUUUAAUUGUGUAAAUAUAUGCUUUGUGCAUAUGGAAUACAUAUAUUAGCAUUUUAAACUAUACUAGCUUUAAAUGUGUAUGUAAUGGGCAGUUGUCAGGAAUGAGUUUAUCCUUUUGUUAGAAACAAAUUUAGGGUUUUUUUUUUUUUCAGUUAUUAUGAAACCACCCUACUGGUGCUAGUGACUAGCUCCUUUGCUUUUAUACCCUGUUUAUGGGCAUGGUAAUCUAGGUCUGUUGGUAUUACUUCUUGUCAUGAGUUUAGGGACAGCUAACAGUUUAUUUUUCUUGUGCCAGGAAAUUAAAAUCAAAUCCAGUCAUCAUCACAUAUACAUAAUAAACAUACACAUUGCUGAAAAACUCAUGAGGAACAGAACAUGCAAAGAUUUUAGAGACCUUGGCAUUGUGGCUAGAGUGCUAAGUUUAAAAGUCAGAAAAAUUUAAGUUCAAACCCAGUUUCUGACAUCUACUAGCUGUGUGACUUUGGGCAAGUCACUUAAUAGGUUUGAGCUUGUUUCCUGAGCUGUAAAAUGGUGAUACUACCUGUGAUGCCUACCUCACACUAUUGUUGUGAGACCUUAAAUGAGGUAAUGUAUAUUAUUUUGCAAACUUUUAAUUACUAUUUAAAUAUCAGUUAUUAUUAUUAUUAUCUUACACAACUAUAAUAAGUGUUUAAAAUUUUGUUAUAGCAUUUUUUCCUUUUUUCUGGUUUGAAGUGUUAGAACACUUUUCAGAUAAUAAUAAAAAAAGUUAGUGCAGUAUAUUUACCAUGUAAUAGUAAUUGAAAUAUUCUGUUAACCUCUAAACAAAUAUUUCUAUAUUGACACAGAAAAACAUUCACCCUCCUAGCUGUUAUUUAUUGUACAAAUUAUAUGUAGUACAUAAUUUUCAUUUCCUCACUGUAUACACACAAAGUAUAUGUGUACUCUAUAUUUUAUUAGGAAAUUUUUCCCAUUUUAAAUUUAUGGUAGAAAUUAUUUCUGUCUCCAGAAUCACAAAAAAGGAGUUUGAUGAGAAAAUACAUUUUUUUUCUGACUUUUUCAAUGUGACUUAACUUUGUUAAGAUGUUGAAGAUGUUGUGCUCUUUUCUAUACACUUAUGGUAUGUGAGGGAAGGGUAAACUUUUAGGAUUGUUGGCAGUGGAUUACGUGCAUUCAUUUGGUAGUGAGUCAGGUGUUGCUCCUUUGUUCCAUGCUUAGCCUUUCAGUUAGGAAGUCAAGUCAACUUACUAAGGGACCAUUAAGAAUCUUUCAGCAGAUGAUUGUAUAUUUGAAAUGUUUCAAUGUUUGAAGCUAUUUUAGGUUAUCUAUAUUUUCAGUCUUCAUAUACAAAAAGUAUCCUAGCUGUUAAGAUUACUAAACAGAUGCUGAAUGCAGAUAUAAUAAUGUUUCUAGCCUAUCACUGUGCUGCUAUUAAUAUUUGUUAGGCUGAAAUGGCCAUGUUGAUAUUUUUUAAAUACUAAGACUAAAUGUAAAGAGGCAUCCCAUAGCUUGUUUUAAACUAUAUUGCCCUAUUAAAGACAUAAAUGUUUUGGGUGACAAUGGAGCAAUCAUAAGUAUUAAUGAUUAUGGGGAAUUUUAAUAUAUGGUAUAUUAUUUUGUGGAUAUUCCUAAUUUAAAAGAUCUCUUUAUAAUCACAGUUUAUUUUUUUAAAAGGUAACAGGAUCAUUUUCCUUGGAUUAAAAUAGUGGUUUAUUUUUAAAUAGUCCAUUAACCCCAGGAAGACAAAAUGGAUAUUAUUUGGAGAUAUAAGAGCAAAUGGAAUUGGUUAUAAAUACAUGGUGGUAAACAGGUGACUUCUAAACAUACCAAUACUGAAUAUUUUUACUUUGUAUACUUUUUCCUGCAUAUUUUCUAGCCACAUGGUAAUUAAGUAAAGAACAAGGUUGGUAGAUUUUGUCAUGAUUUUAGCUUUACAAAAUUGUAUAACAUUUCUGGGCUUUUUAAUUCUGGUUUGUAUAAACGUUUAGUCUACACCUAUAAUGUGUGUCACAGGAAUCCUUAAGCCAGAAAGUCCAGUGAACUGCCCCUUCCAAAAUAUGCUGGAGAAGUGAAAGUGAGAAAAAUAAAUCCUGAUUUGGCAGCUUUAUAAAUAUUAUUUUGGCAGGUUUUUUUUUUCAGUUUUUAGAAAACUAUAAAAUGUCAUCAUGAAAUGUUUAUGUAAUGAUUGUUGAAACUACAUACUCAGAGGUAUCAAGAGAUUUAUUUAUAGGCCAUUGUGAGAAUUUGGCUUAAUUACCAUUUCUAACUUCGGAAAGAAACACCUCACUUAAUUUACACAUUGACUUCAUAUGACUGCUUCUCUUCUACAAAUGUAUUUAUUGAUUGUGAGACAAGUAAAAAAUGCCUAUUAGUUUUGUCUCUUUGAUAACGUCUCAUGUUAGUGGGAAAUACAGAAUGUUCUUGAUACCUCUAGGUAUAAUUAAAGGAGAAAGUGUAAAGAUCAUUAGGUGUGCCAGUUUGCUUUGCUUAAUUGUACUUUAUUAUUUAUUUAUUUAUUUGUUUGUUUGUUUAUUUUUUGCUACAAGAAAGGAUUCUGGGGGCAGCUAGGUGGCGCAGUGGCUGGAGCACCGGCCCUAGAUUCAAAACCUGAGUUCAAAUCUGACCUCAGACACCUGACAUUUACUAGCUGUGUGACCCUGGGCAAGUCACUUAACCCCAAUUGCCCCCCCCUCCAAAAAAAAAGAAAGAAAGAAAGAAAGAAAGGAUUCUGUUUUGGUGAGGUAGUGCUAGGAAAUUUACAGUGUUAAAAAGGGUAUCUUUUUGGGGGGUGGGGGUACUGUGUAACCUAUUAGACUGAGAGUUGAGGAAGAGAAUUAGGUUUUGCUUUGGCUCAUUCAUCCAAGAGAUGAUUAUGGAGCACCUUUUUUGUACAAUACAUUGUAGUAGGCACUGUUCUUUAGGACUCUGCCUUUUCCCCCAAGUUAGAUACAAUCUAUUGGAGAAGAUGAGACUAGUUUGUCUUUAUGUUCAAUAUAAGGGAAAAAGUUAUAGUGCAGUGAAUAUGAUUCAAAGUUCAGAGAUUAGCAAGAUUCUCUUCAGCUAAAGUGAUUACAGAAGAGUUCUUGGUGAAAGUGGUAUUUGAGCUGGAGCUUAAAAGAUGUGUAUGAUGUUGACUGAUGAUAAUGGAAACAAAGGAAGAAGUAAAGGACAAAUAAUGAGCAAUGGUAGGUACAUCAUGUUCAAGAAAUUGUACAUAGUCCUUUUUGGUUAGAUUGUGGGUGUAGGAUGGUUAAGAGAGAGAAGUUUGAAGAAGUAGACUGGGGUCAGACUGUAGAGGGUCUUAAAUACCAGUAGGCAGUGGGGAGCUAUGAACAGGUUUUGAAUUUGGGAAUGAAUAAUGAUCAAAGAAGCAGUACUUUAGUAUUUGUUUGACAGUGGCAUAUAGAAUUGGAAGAUAGAGACUAGCGUCAGGAACACCAGUGAGGAGACUUUUGCAGUAAUCUAGGCUGAUAAUAUAGAUGUUGAUACAGGAUGAUGGGAUAGGAAGGAAAAAGUCACAACUUCUGGGCUGACCAAAGAACCCUGAAAGAGCCUUCCAGUCUGAACAUUCAGUUAAGUCUCAGAUCACUAUUUCCUAAGCACCUUCUCUGUGGGCAGAAUUCUCACUAUAGUUGGUGCUGAGGAUGUGGCAGAUUAGUAUAAUAUGCAAUAUUACAUGAUAAGUUAACUGGAGUUGCAAAACAAAAUGCCUUGUGAGGUCUGAGGAGGGUAGACUUCUACACACUUGGACUAUGAAACUAGAAAUAAUUUUUUAGAGCAGUAUAAUAUACAUUAGAAAUUGAAAUGGAGCCCAAGACAAUAUUUCAAGAAGCUACUGUCACUUUCCUUUGGAAUAACUUUAGAAAAAAUGUUAUUUCCUCAAACUGCAUUGGGCUAAAAGGAAAGAUAACCAGAGAAGAAAGUCAGGUGGUUCUUGUAUCAAUCGGUAUACAUAAAUACUUUUAUGGAUUGGUCUGAUAGUUUGGAACUUAGCAGAAAUUUAUCAGGAUUGGAGGGCUGUUACUCAUUUGCCAGUGUAGUUGGCUUUCUUCUCCUUACUUAUGGAAUUUUUUUAAAGGGGCUGUGUUUCCUUUCCCCUUGCUUGCUAACAUAUGCAUUUUCUCCAAGCUUCUGUCCUAUAAGACAUGAUAAAGAUCAUUUUAAUGACUAAUUUUUUUUCUCUUAAGAAAGUUCUAUUUAUUCUUCAUCAACACCCACACCAUCAGUUCACUUACAGACUAAGUGAUCUGACACUUUGUCUUAAGGAUUCAAGUGUGUUAAGUGGUUAGUAUCACAAUCUGUGUUGCAACAGAUAUUGUUGCAAAAAAAACCCCAAAAAACAAACUGUGCUCAUUAGGAACUAAUAACUAUUUGUAGUCUAAAAGCAUAGGACAGUAACAGUUCUUUCUGAUAGACCAAAUUAGCCAGGGGGUAAAGAUCUGUAUUCAUUCCAAAACAACAAAAGUCUCCAAACUAGAAUAGAAUGAAUAUAAAUUUAAAUGCUUUGAAUUUCUAUCCCAAUAUAAUGGAAUAGUGCCAUAUUUCUUUCAACAAGCUAAGGAGUUGGGUUUUCAAGACUCGUAAGAUUUUCUUUAUAAACAACAGUAAUACUUAUGGAAUUAUGUUAAAGUUUUUGUAUUUUGGCAAGUCUAAUUUUCAUUUAUGGUAAAUAUUUUUCCAUGGAUCAACCAAGUUAUUUGAAAAAGUUUACACUUGGUUAUUCAUGGUCAAAAAUGACAGUCACAGGUAAAAUUUCUUACAGAAAAGUAUUGCUUUUGUGGAAAUGUUUUUACAACUUGUCUCUUGAUUUCCUUUUUUGUGGUUACUUUUUUAUUUAUCCAAUGAUAUGAAAAUAGUAUUUUUGCACAAUUGUGAUAUGCAUAAAUGAUCUCUGAUAGUAUAGUCAACUAUAUGCACUAGCUUUUGUGGUGUUUAACAGUGCAUUUUCUCUGCUGUUGUGCACAUAUUUGUCUAAAUGUAAAACAUUGUGAUUUUUGUAGAUUUGGCAGUCUAGCAUGUCAACUAUAAUGUAAUUAGCCUGUGUUAUAAAUGAUGAUAACAGCAGUUUUCAUAUCAUGUAAAAUACAGAAAAUAAUGCUGCUGAUAUUCCUCCUCCUAUCACUUUCUAGGUCAGAAAACUUAUCCUGAAAACCAUUUAAUAACAACUCUGCCUUAGCAGGAACAGAUUGUGUAUGUUUUGUGUGAACUUGUAUAGUAAUAAAGUCAAAAUUAUGAUUAAGUCAUGAUUAGUAAGUCUUA